GGAUGAUGCACAGACGCUUUUACAAGUACAAAGAUUUCUUAAAAGCGGAGAUAUUAUGCGAGAGGAAGCUCUAAGUCUUGCCACUCUUCCUUGUUCAUCUCUCCAGGACAUUGAAAAUAACUCAUACCGUGUUGAAACUACAGGCUCUGUUGUUAAUGUGAACUCCAGCGUAGCGCUGAUAUACUUCUAUUGUUCAAGGCUCCCUUCUGAUGGAUAUUUCAAGCCACAUCCUCGAUUCGAAAUUGAUGAGGAAUCAAACAUUUGCACUUUGCUUCUCCCUAAGAGCAGUCCUCUGAAAUCUGUUCGAGUUGAGGGUUCAUGUAGCAUGAUAAAGCAAAUUGCAUGUCUAGAAGCUUGCAAGAAGCUGCAUCAGAUUGGUGCUUUAUCUGAUCAUCUUGUACCUGUGCUUGAUGAGGCUAUGGAAGAUCUUAACAAUGGAG